AUGGAUCCGCUCCCUUUCCGGAUCGCGACCAUGGGAACCCGCGGGCUCGCCGUGCUGCUCCUCGCGGCCGUGCUGCUGCAGGCACUCCUCCCGGCGUCGGAGGCGGAGGGCCUGGUGCGGAUCGCGCUGAAGAAGCGCGCCAUCGACCGGAACAGCCGCGUCGCCAAGAGCCUCUCCGACCGCGAGGAGGUGCCCCUCCUCGGCGGCGGCGCCGCCAACACCCUGCGCUCCGAGGAGGAGGGCGACAUCGUGUCCCUCAAGAACUACAUGAACGCGCAGUACUUCGGGGAGAUCGGCGUCGGCACCCCGCCGCAGAAGUUCACCGUCAUCUUCGACACCGGCAGCUCCAACCUCUGGGUGCCCUCCGCCAAGUGCUACUUCUCGAUUGCGUGCUACCUCCACGCACGCUACAAGGCCGGGGCGUCCAGCACCUACAAGAAGAAUGGAAAGCCUGCUGCCAUUCAGUACGGCACUGGUUCAAUUGCUGGAUAUUUCAGCGAGGAUAGUGUUACAGUGGGUGAUCUUGUUGUGAAAGAUCAGGAGUUCAUUGAGGCUACAAAGGAGCCAGGUGUUACUUUCUUGGUUGCAAAGUUCGAUGGUAUUCUUGGGCUUGGGUUUAAGGAAAUAUCUGUUGGCAAAGCAGUUCCUGUGUGGUAUAAUAUGGUAGAGCAAGGUCUCAUCAGUGAUCCUGUUUUCUCGUUCUGGUUGAACCGACAUGCUGAUGAUGAAGGAGAGGGUGGUGAGAUUAUUUUUGGAGGAAUGGAUCCCAAACACUACGUGGGUGAGCACACAUAUGUCCCAGUCACCCAGAAGGGAUAUUGGCAGUUUGACAUGGGUGAUGUCCUGGUUGGAGGGAAGUCCACAGGAUUCUGUGCUGGCGGUUGUGCCGCAAUUGCUGAUUCUGGAACUUCACUGCUUGCUGGCCCCACGGCCAUCAUUACUGAAAUUAACGAGAAGAUUGGUGCGGCUGGGGUAGUCAGCCAAGAGUGCAAAACAAUUGUUUCUCAGUAUGGACAACAGAUCCUCGACCUGUUGCUAGCAGAGACACAGCCCAAAAAGAUCUGCUCCCAGGUUGGUCUGUGCACCUUUGAUGGGACUCGUGGUGUUAGUGCUGGAAUUCGGAGCGUGGUUGAUGAUGAGCCUGUGAAAUCAAAUGGCCUCCGUACCGAUCCCAUGUGCAGUGCCUGUGAGAUGGCUGUUGUGUGGAUGCAGAACCAACUUGCACAGAACAAGACCCAGGAUCUCAUACUGGAUUACGUUAACCAGCUGUGCAACCGUCUCCCGAGCCCCAUGGGAGAAUCAGCCGUGGACUGUGCCAGCCUCGGAUCCAUGCCUGACAUUGAGUUCACCAUUGGCGGCAAGAAGUUUGCGCUGAAACCAGAAGAGUAUAUCCUGAAGGUUGGUGAAGGAGCCGCUGCCCAGUGCAUCAGUGGAUUCACAGCCAUGGACAUCCCCCCUCCCCGCGGUCCUCUCUGGAUCCUGGGAGACGUCUUCAUGGGCCCCUACCACACCGUCUUCGACUAUGGCAAGCUGCGGGUCGGCUUCGCCAAGGCGGCCUGA